UGGCUUUCUUCGUCUAAGCGUACGGAUAUCCCAGAACCCGCACUGGGUGACGCGGCCCCCUAAUGGCUACGUGUAUCAUUCCAGUAGUCCCUCCCCCUGCUCUCCGACGUCACUGAUCUCUUUCCGUCAAGAUGGCGCCCCCCAUGCCGCUUUUGGCAGGUCUGUUCUCACGUGUGUUCCCCAUGCUAUCCCGUGCCGCGAGCCCGUGGCUGCAGAGUUCGAUGAUAGGAGCAGGGGUCCGGGGCUGGCUCACCCUGGGGGUACAUGUCCCUCUCAGGGUGCAGGGAGGCAGUGUUAGUGUGGGUCAUUGCACUGGGCCAUUACAGAAUUAAACUCCCCAUUCUCCAGUGUCCAAGCGGCAAUGCCAGGGGCGCAUGAUUUCUUUAAAGUGAAUGGGAUGGGGGAUAUCUGCCAAAUUCAACUCCCAUCACACACAGCCAGUCCAAACAUGCCGGACUCACUCACUGACCUACUGUGUAACCGGUUUAUUUGCCAAAAUCUGGCAUUUAAUUUGUAUUAUAUAAGCUUUUUAGGGGAACUAUAACUUUUCUGGACUUUUGGUUUUAAUAAAAACAUUGACACACACACAAAAUUCUCCAGGUUAUUUUUAAUUAUAUUUAUAUUAAAGAAUUGGCAAAUAACAAGUAAAGCCAGGUCAAACAUUGCACGUGAAAAGGAGAGAAAUAGAAACAUUGUUUCGCUUAUUCUGUUCCCUAUAUGCUUCCUCCUGCUGUGCUCUGUGCAAAGGACAGCAGUUAAAACAAUAACUGAUAGUUGCAGGAUAAUCAGAAAUUUGGCACUUCACAUCUACAUGUGAGCUAACUGAAAUAAGUUAACCUAAUAUUUAAAAACCUUGAAAGUGACGUUCUCUUUGAAAAGAUAGGUACUUACUUUGUCUUAUAUAUUUUGAUUGCAUUACAAUUUCAAAGACAUUAAGACAUUCAAACACAAUCUUUACAUUGUAAAGAUUUCAACUAUUUAAAAUACUAUAAAGUGACAGAGCCACUUCACAUAUUUUUUGUCGUGUCACAUGAAGCUCUUUUUCUCAACUUCAACUUAUAGUGUUAAGAAUACAAAAUCGGUAUUCCUAACUCUAUAGAGCAUAUUAAUAUUUUUUUCAAGGUGCCCCAAGUCAAAAAAAUUUCUAGGUUGUAUAUCUGUACAGCGCAGCAGCAUAUACUGGGCCCCUGUUUGGCAGAAAUGCUUGCCCUUCAAGCUCAGAUUCAGAACCUAAUCUAUGGAGGGGCACUGGUAGAUUAUUUAAAGAAACAAUCCUGGCACAAUAACCAUUAAAGCACUUUGUAGUGGUCAUGGUGAACCGUUUGACAACUUACCUGGGAUCUGCCAGGAUAGGGGCUGUAGAAGGGGAUAGGGGCAGUAGUGUGUGUGUAGGGGUGGGAGUUCAAAUUCAAUUAUAUAUAUAUAUUUUAAAUUUAAAUAUCCCUCCACCCUGCUUACCUGACGGGGGGGGGACACAACAUUUCCUGCAAUCCCUGGUGGUCCAGUGGGGAAGCCCUGGUGGUCCAGGUGGUGAGAGUGAACUCUAGCAGCCUCAGGCGCUGCUAGAGUUCACUCUCGCAAGAUUCGGAGCAUUGCCAUGUUAACUGUGGCAACGCUCCGAGCUCGCGAGAGGAGAACCCGGCGGAGCUGCAGAUUAGAGCUCCUCUGGGUCCUCUGUCCCUCCCCUGCCGGCUGCUAGCGGGCUGGAGAGGGAGAUCUCUGUUGAUCUCUCCGGUCCUGCAGAGCCGGCAUGGGAGAGCACUGCCAUAGAGCACUCUGGUCUCCCCCAUCUCCCCAGCAGCUAAACGGUGAACAAACCCUAUAGUCACUUACACUUUUCAUUGCCACUCCGCCUCCUCUGGCAUCAUCCAACAAUUCAAUGCUUUCCUACAGGGAUUUUACUGAUGCUGAAUGUCCUCAUGCAGAGUGUGAGGACGUUCAGCUUCGGUGACCAAAAGUCGUGUAGCCACCAGGAAGUUCCUCUAGUGGCUUAGUCCUGUAAUGUAAUUAUAGCAGUUUCUCAAAACCUGCAAUAAUUUACCUUGCAGGACUAAGUGGGACUGGGACACAGCACCCACUCCGCUUCAAUGAGAUGACGUGGUCUAUGUGACUACAGUGUCCCUUUAAAAUAUCUUGUAGGAAAUGUUGUUAUGAAUACUUGUUGAAUGAGAAGUUUUUAUAUUUUAGGUUCUCAUCUGGAAACAAUAUUUCAAAUGCACAGAGAGGGACACUUAAAUCAUGUGGCAAAUAAGGGACAGGCAACUGGUGCCUGUAGGCCCUAUUUUUUUAUUAGACCGCUCUAAUUGUUUGACACAGAUAUGGGUGAUGGUGGCCAUAACCUGCUAGCACCAUAAUGGCUACAACCAAUGGCUUGUAGUCAUGAUGGUGUUUAGACUAUCCCUUUAAUAGGUCCCUUUAAUAGUUUGCUACAUUUGUUAGCCUGUUUGUUUUAUAAUUCUUAGCAGUCCUUUUUAGUCUUUAAACUUUGCAGGGUCUGUAAUUGUGGUAAUACAGCAUAACCAUUCUCUUUUUUCCCCCCCUUUCAAGUCAGAGGAUCAGAUGGGAUCCGUAUGAUCAAUGGACCCCCAAUCUUUGCAGAAUGUGAAGCAUUUCCAAGGUACUAUUUCUGUUUUAUCUGGUGCAAUUUUGUGUGUAGAAUUAUUUUUUUUCCAUCCCAUAAUGUCACAGAUCCAUACAUGAAGACGCAUGCUUCUACACAUACAGCUAGGGACUCCAUUACCCGCACACAAUUACACAAUUCUUAUAUACAUAUAUAUAUAUACUCACACUCUUUCUACGCGGGCCUGCGUAGUGGAGUUGAUGAUAGCACCAUUAACAAGCAGGGAGACAGAAACAAGAUUAGCAACACCUGAGGGAGGAAAGACCAGAAGUUCUAUUUUGGAGAAGUUCAGCUAAAGGAAGUGGGCAGCCAUCCAGUUAGAAAUAGCAGAGAGGCAGUCAGAGACACUAGUCAAGAGGGGCGUGGAGAGAUCAGGGGAGGACAGAUAUAUUUGCUUGUCAUCCGCAUAGAAGUGAUAUUGGAAGCCAAAGGAGCUGAUGAGUUUACCAAAGGAGGCAGUAUAGAUCGAGAACAGUAAGGGACCAAGGACUGAACCUUGGGGGACACCAACAGAGAGGGGGGUUGGGGGAAGAGGCAGAGACAGAAAAAGAAACACUAAAAGAGUGCUGGAAGAGGUAGGAGGAGCACCAGGGGAGAGCAAUAUAUGGUAGACCAAGAUUACGGAGGAUAAGAAGAAGCUGUUGAAGAUCAACAGUAUCAAAAGCAGUGGAACAGUCAAGAAGAAUUAGGAUAGAAUAGUGACCAUGAGAUUUUGCAGCGAGUAGAUCGUUUGAUUCUUUGGUCAGAGCGGUUUCCACAGAGUGCUGAGCGCGUAAACCAGAUUGAAGUGGGUCAAUCAGAGAGUUGGGCUUGAGGAAGUCUGUCAAUCUCACAUACACAAGUCUUUUAAUGUACCACUAUAGUGCCAGGAAAACAUACUUGUUUUCCUGGCAGUAUAGUGCCUUGAGGGUGCCCCCACCCUCAGGGUCCCCCUCCAGCCGGGCUCUGGGGAGAGGAAGGGGUUAAAAUCUUACCUUUCUCCAGCGCCGGGCGGGGAGUUCUCCUCCUCCUCUCCGCCUCUUCUCCUCCUCUUCGGCUGGCUGCGCGCAUGCGCAUUCAGCCUGUCUCAUAGGAAAGCAUUUAUGAUGCUUUGCUAUGGACACUGGCGUCUUCUCACUGUGAUUUUCACAGUGAGAAGCACGCAAACGCCUCUAGCGGCUGUCAAUGAGGCAGCCACUAGAGGCUUUAGAGGCUGAAUUAACCUAUUUAUAAACAUAGCAGUUUCUCUGAAAAAAUGGGUUAACCCUAGCUGGACCAGGCACCCAGACCACUUCAUUAAGCUGAAGUGGUCUUGGUGCCUAGAGUGGUCCCUUAAGGAUUAAAUGAGUCUUAAUGCUGGGAGUAGAAUUGUUUUAUUGGCAAAACAUGUCACCUUUUAUACCUGGGGUCUCAACAGGAGGCCCCCAAGGAGAACAAUAGAAUUGUGAGAUCCCCAACGCAUUGGUGUCUGUACCUUAACAGAUCAUUUUAUUAGUGUCUACACACCUUGGCGCCGGUGUAACAAAGCACAUAAUAACUUGUAUUCCCGUGCCCAAAUCUCCACACAACUGGUGUCCACAGGAAGCUUUAUCUGAGCGCCCACUUUUUCCAAAAAGUGCCCUGAUCGAGUGUGGCUUUCCGAAGUUGGAUGAAAGUCAAAGUUUCAGCAGGUCACGGCUAGCCUCCAAUCCAGCACAGAGUUUCAUGGUGCUGGGUGGAAAGUUUAGGUCACCCAAAACAUCAGUGCUUUUCGUGAGCUCUUGAAACUCCUUCAAGUUCAGAGUUGGAUGCUUCUAUCCCCCUUCCAUCUAUGCGUUGUGAUAUUUUUAUAUUGUUCCUGAAAGCAGAGCAGCUUAGGGUCACAUGAUGGGUGAUGGGAUGAUCUAUGUUAUGAUAGUCUGAUGUGUUAUAAGGUCCAUCUCUCAUGAGUUUAAGGGUUUGUGUAAUUUUUUUUUUCUAUAGUUGUAUACUAAUUUCUUUCUUUCCUGCUGGGGGUAUAAAGAAAGAGAUAAGCAAACUAGGGAUCGACCGAUUAUCAGUUUUACCGAUAUUAUGGCCGAUAUUCGGUAUUUUCAACAAUAUCGGUAUCGGCCGAUAUUGCUGAUAAUACAUCCUAGAACCGCCGGGCUCAUUACAAGCAAGCAGUUACUUACCUCCCAGCAGCUCCUCCGUGUAAAUCUCGUUAGACCUGCUGCCGCAGAGUGUUGCCACGGGUUACCAUGGCAACGCGGCGCGCAGACCGCGAGAGUUAGACUGGGGAGCUGCAGGGAGGUAAGUAACUUGCUUUACGCACACUACAUUCACCAUACACAAACACACACUGCAUUCACUAUACACACUACACAAACACACCCUGCAUUCAUUAUAUACACACUACACAAACACACAGCUCCCCUGUCUAAACACACUGCAUCCACUACAUGUGGCAUGUAUAUUUUGUGCAUUUACCUUUAGAAAUAGUUUAUUUUUUCAAAAUGGUAAAUGUACAGAAUAUCGGCAAGUUAUCGUCUAUCUGCCUGAAAGUUCAGAUUAUCGGUAUCGACUUUAAAAAAACAAUAUCGGUCCUUCCCUAAAAUUUUUAUUAAAUUAUGACUUUACAUUAUGUUAAUAAUAAAAUCUGAUAAUUGCAUUGAAUUUUCAUAAAAAUUCCAGCAUUAGGAAAAAAACCCUAUCUUUAUGAAAGUUCUUAUUUCUGAAGUAUAUGUAGUUUAAAUCAAAUCAUAUAUUGUGUUGUCGAAAUAUAUUCCAGAGAUAUUGCAUUGUAACUACAACCCAAUAUAUUUUUAUUAACUCCGUUUAGUUGUGUCGUAAUUUGACUUUGUUAAUGUUUUUCUUACAAUAGGGAUCCAAGUAAAAACUGCAAAGUGUUCGCUUUCAGUAAGGAUGGAAAACUAUUUGGAUGGUGCAAUGGAGAAGCGUAAGUUCUAUUUUAAUGGCACAGAGUUUGGGAUGGGGAAUUAUCUGUUACAAUAUUUAUAUGUCUAUAUGCUGACCACAAAUUAAAGAGCAUUUUAGAGCAAACCACAGCAGGUAUAGCUUAACCACUUAAGAACUGAUGCAGUAAUUACAAUCUGGUCCCUUAAGACAUUGUGUUCACAUGGAAUGUGCUGCUUAUUUGGUUUUGACAGUUCCAUUCAAUCUUGGUUCUCUGUAAAUGAUUGGGAUAUCUUGUAUUUAUAGCUAUAUAUAUAUUUAUAUAUCCCAAUUAAAAAUGCAGAGACAAAACACAGUAAAUUGGAAGUGUGUGCAGUAUAAGGUUAAAGCGGCACUGUCAUGGCCACAUCCAUUUUCUUUUUUUUUUUUUUUUUUUUUUUAAACCCCACCUCCCGACCCCACUACAUCUAAUUUCCCCCCUACUCACCCCCAUAUUACAUUUUAUAUUACAUUUUAUAUUACAUUUAAUAUUACAUUUAAAAUGUUUAUUUUGUGCCCAGACCUAGGUCCUCGGCCCUGCCAUCUUUGUGUGGGUAGAUGAAAGCCCUGUGGGACACUUCAACUGCCCACACUAGAUAGAGCUGUAAAAUUCCCGCGCAUGCCCAGUUAAAGACUGGGACUAUUGAAUUAAUAGAAAUGUCAGACGAAUAAACAAACAUUAAAUAUCGAUGUUCGUUUGUUUAGUUUAUUACAAGGAAGGAGCUACCGGCUCGCAGCUCCCUCCUUGUAAUAUGUUAAGAUAGAAGGGGCAAGUAGCUGUGCUUCAUGCCACUCCUAAGACCCCAUGUCCUCACUCUAUGGGGGGCAAUAUUACCCCCCCCCAUCUACUAACUAGCGGAGGGGAUAUAGUGACCCACCUGUGCCCCGCGAGGGCUACUCAACUAAACGGGGGACAUAGGGUCCCCCUUGGCCCCCACCCAUGAGCCGCGGAUGGGGGCCCUAUAUGACAAUAAGGGGAAGGGCGGGGCUAGUGCCCCCCAGCCCCCACCCAUGAGUGGCGGGUGGGGGUCAUAAAUGACCAUGUUUUUUUUGUUAUUUUAUUUGAUAAGCUCGACGGGUAUUAUGGAUUUUUGUUUGGCCUUUUUUGGGGCUGAAAAAAGAAGGUUUUAGAAAAAAGAAGACAUCGAAUGGUAAGUAUUUUUUUUAAAUUUAUUUACAGGUAUUUAGUUUUAUUGUCUCCCCCCUCACUAUUUUUAGGGUGAGGAUGGUAGGUAGGGCUUUAUUUAAUUUAGGUUGGGGGGUAACUAGGGUCUUGGGGACCCUUUGUCACCUUGGGCGGGGGGGGGGGGGUUUUUUUUACAUUUAGCCCCCCCCCAUUGCCUGGGGGGGGGACAAUAGGUGUGUGUGUCCCAUUUUCAUUUAGGACCCCCCCUGCUGUUCAUUGGUGGGGGCCGGGGGAUGACGACAAUAGGUCCCCCCGUUGUCAUUUAAGGCCCCCACCCACUGCUUAUGGGUGGGGAUCGUGGACGAUGACAAUAGGUUCCCCCCACCCGCUGCUCAUGGGUGGGUGCCAGGAGCAGGACAAUAGGUCCCCCCCACUCAGUUUCAUUUAGGGCCCCCUCCCCCUGCUUCUAGACAUGCCCCUAAUCGCAAAAUAGCGAGUAGAGGCAGAUUAAUUACUAAUACUAAGUAAUCUUUACUUAGUAUUAGUAAAGUUAGUUGAAAGACCAAUCUUGGUCUUUCAGUCUUUUGGUAGCUAGCUCCCUAAUACCGUGGGAAUUAUGGAGUUAUCUACUAAGCAACUGCAAGAUGCACCCGCAGCCCGGAUCUGAUCAGAAUUUCAUUAAUUCAAAUGAAAUUUCGAACCGACCUAAAAGUACCGAUUGUCGUCCUUAAAUGAACGAACAAACUGUUCUCAUUCUGUAAGGGCGAAAUUCUGUAGUUUCGCCAGCGUUCUGUCUAAAUGACAGGACGUUCUGGAAUAGUGAAAGGAGACAUCGCGAGAUCACGGAGUAAAGGUGAGACUUGUGGGAAAUUGCUCUGACCACAGGAAAUGGAGCACACUUUGCUCCUCCUCUGGUCAUAGCUGGUCAGGCGUAGGAAAUAUACAUAAGACAAAGUAGUCACUAUUUUGUCUUAUGUUUUAAAGAAAACUAGAGCAGAAUGGAAGAAAUGAAGAACAGGUCCUGAGCGAGGAAGAGAAGAGGAAUUGAUUAGGGAAAGGUAAGUUCGGCAUGACAGUGUCGCUUUAAGAAAAAAAUAUAUUUCAACAAAAUCAUUGUUAAUAAGUAUAGUUAAUAGUAUUCUCAAACUGAAACUAAACAAUGAACAUGGUUAUUUACUAAUGUGAGAAUUGUCUGGAAUUCAAAGUGAAUUUCAUAUUUAGAUCCAAAGCAGCCAAGCUGGAAGCAUAGCUGACCUGGAAAAUUGUUCGACUACGUUUGCCUUACAUUUGAAAUUCACUUUACAUUUUCAAUAAUAUUGUAGUAAAUAAUCCUACAAAUCUCCUUUCACUUCCUUGCAUGUCUUAGUUCAUUGCAUUGUCACGACACAGUAUAAUCAGUGUUUUCAUUUGAUUGGAUAAUGAAAUUAAUUAACUUUUGAAGUGUCACCAGCAAUAGUAAGGAGUAAAAUGUAAUCCGUAAAAACAAAAAGACUAAUUCCUCAAUGUCUCUUUGAUGUUUGUCAGUGAGAUCAUAUUUAGGCUGCAGAAAGAGGUCAUGGCCAUCUGACCACUUCACAUAGGGCUAACUGUGUCCUGUAUUAAGAGCAAUGGGGUUAAAGUUAGAAAUAUGGAGGUAUCUCUAGGAACAUUCCAUUGGUUUCCAUGGAGAUUCUUCCAGUUUAGAACUUUGACCCAGAAACGCUCUUUGUACACAAUCCCCAAUGUUUCCUUGCCAGGACUUUAUCUCUAGUCAGGUUUACAUGCAGAUUUUAAUUUGUGCAGAAAAAAUAUAACCUCAAAUGGUUCACUGCAUAACUCUAUUGUUUACAGGCUAUGGCUGUAGUUCUCCAGUUUUUGGCGAAAUGUUUUAAAGCCCACACUCUUCUUGGGAUGCCAUAAUAAAGUAGUUCUUACCCAAUUAUUUUUCCAAAGUAUUUGUACAAUGUGAGCCUUUAUUGUGUGCAGUAAACCUACUUGAUGCAAUGAACGCUGCAGUACAGCAAACUUCUGAAUCAGCUGAAUUCCUGUUUACCCUUUCAUUCCAUCAGAUUAACACAGGGGGCACCAAGAUGGUUGAUUGCUAUUCGCUACACCUGUAACCUGUUAUCCCCUAGUGCUCAGAGCUUAUCACAUUGCAUGCUAUAUUCUAGAUCAAGGAUAAGCAACCUUCGGCACUCCUGAUGUUGUGGACUACAUCUCCCAUAAUGCUCUUACAACCAUAGUGCUGGCAAUGCAUCAUGGGAGAUGUAGUCCACAAUAUCUGGAAUGCAGAAGGUUUCCUGCCCCUGUUCUAGAUGGAUAGUAAACUUGCGUAAGCACACUUCCAGUGUACGGAUUAAUUCAAAUUGGGUACACAACGCUGGUGAAAUGGUGCCUAGAUCUAUAUAAGCUCCAGUUAUUACUCCUACUCUGGCUUUUUUACCUGGACUGAUGUGUGCACAUCUGGUACGUUAACACUACACUGCAGGGCUUAGCUCAGGAGAGCUAAUCGAUACACCUGAUUAGGAGUCUACAGCACUUACUAGACAGUAGAGGAGGCUGGCAGCAGCAUCCAACAGAACCCAGGUAAGAUGCCAAACCAUUCUAAAACAGAUUUGAAUCCUUACAGUGGUAGGGGAGGCAGGGGGAGUGCCAGGGGUUAUGGUGCUUGGAUUGUUCCUUUAACUUUAGCAUGGACCUUUGGUUGGAUUUAUCAAAUUGUUCCUCAAGAUGGUUUCAGUUGUUCUCUCAUAUAUUAAAACUUGGAAAAUACACGGGGAAAAAUACAGCAGUGAGUAUAUUUGCAGUAAAUGUAACUCAAACAGUCCAUUUACUGUAUGCAGUAUCUGACAGCUCAGUUGCAUGAGACAACAGACACAUUCCCUAAAAUCUGGGUCUCCAGGAUUUAGAUGUUUCUCAUUGUGUCAUCAUCUAAUCUAAUCACACAAAGCUAACUUGGCCAUUUGCAACCACUUCUGAAAAUGCCCUGCUUUCUAUUGACAUGCUAUCUUGACUUAUUUCAGCAAAGUUCCAAGUUUUAUGCCCACCAUUCUCUUUCUGUUACCCUACCCACUCUUUUAUUUCAUGUUUCUUUCUACUUCUCAAUUUCAUCUGUUUAGCUUUUGCUGGUGUUUCUAUUAUUCACUCAUGGGACUACAAUUGACAGUGUCCCUAUUUCCAGCCAUUGUGUCGUUCUAUAUUUUAUAUUCUGAAUAUUUAAAAUGUAACCUCUUAUGGACCCAUAAUCAGGGGUGUGGAAAUUUUAAAAAUAAUAUUCCAAGAGUUCCUUGUUGUUUAGCAUAUGGACUGCACAUCCGGCGGAUGCAGCCCACACUAACCACUCCCUUGCAGUUCCACUGCUGAGUCAGAGUGCAGUCUGGGAGUUUCGCCAGAUGUGUUCUGGUGCAUUAGUGAGUGUGGUCUUUACUGUGAUCUACACCCACCUGUGAUGCAGACCUCAUGCUCAAUGUCUCAGCACUAAACCUCCCUGCAUACCCUAUUGCAGAGCUGCUGCUUAAAUGCAGCAGGGCUGAAGACAGAAAACAUUCUACAACAUAUAAUAAUGAUCAAUACCAUCAGAAAGGGCUUUAAAAUGAAAUGUUUCAAAUCUUUUCAUUUUCUAUUUUUGCUUUGGAAAUUUCCAUUUUAAAAUAGUAGCCAAAAUAAGUUUUCGCUUAUCCUAGGCAGUAGUUUGAUUUGUAAAUAUCCCCCCAAAUUUUGCCUGUUAUUGUACUGAAUUUUUAUUCAAGAAUUUAAGAAAGGGGAAAAAAAAGUGUUGUGUAUACUCUGAUGAGAUGACAGAAUACAGCUAUGAUUUCCUCUUUUGCCAUUCUCAAUACCCACUUUGUCUGAAAUUCUCGGCUUCCAGCGGCAAAACAUGGCUGAAUUGACUUGCUUCAAAACUUUUAUUUUUGUGUUUUGAACUUUUGUCUGUAAACUAUUUAACAUAUGAACCGUUGUUGGAAUAAUAUUAUUAUUCGAGUAAUCCCACCAUAAAUGUUUUUUUUUUUAAAUCUGUAGUCAGAUUUGUUUAUAUAAUAAGAGUAUAUAGCACACUAACUGUAUAUGUAAAAGGAAAAUGCUUUAUUACUGUGCAGUUUAAUUCACAAAUUACAAUAAAUCACAGCAUAUAACAAAAGGGUUUGUAUUACAAUAACUUAUGACAUUACAUUAAUUCAAAAUAGUAUAAUGGUAUGUGGUCAAGAUUAUACUGAUAGCUUUGUUUAAAGAAACCAAAAACAGACUAUGGAACGAAUCGGACCCCGUAGGGUAAUGUAUACGAUGAAAGACGCUGGUGCCAAAUUGUCAUAAUGAUUGACACUGAUAUACACAUGUGCCAUGAGUUUUAUAGAAUAGAAGCCAGGCAGACCGAGAAGACCACGUGAACGUCAGUGAAAGGCUGAACGCACUGUGUAAAUUCUGUAUUCGGUGAGCUGAAUAAGGGGAACAUUUGAAUUGGUGCUGGGAAAAGGACCGUUUUGGGGAGGGGGUUUUGGCUGUACGGCACCCUGUUCAUUCUAGGCAGCACAACUUCUGCACUUGCUUAGACUGCCCCUUUAAGCUUUCACAAACACAAUCUUCAUUUUCUAUUAUUUCCUGUGCUCUUUGUUGUAUCUUGGCAAUCAUAGAAAUAGUAGUGAUGCACAUGUAGAUGCUUAAUGGUUUUAGUUUUGUUGAUCUUUACAUUUAAAAAAAGUGGUUCUGAAGGUUUAAGAAAACUGCGACAAAAAAAAGCGGUUUAAUUAUUGACCCAUGAAAUCUAAAUGACUUUAUAUGACCUUCUGUGUUUCCAGAACAAAUAUAGCGAGCACAGCUGACAGCAAGUUACUGCACACGUUUGAUCUACCUAAAGUAAUUGGCCUUGAAUUCUCUCCAAAGAACACAAUACUAGCAACAUGGCAGACCUAUACAAGUAAGUGUCAAACCUACCACUUGUAAAUAACGUGGACUCAAUAAAAGGAGUCGGAUACAUUAUUUGAAUGGCAAUCAUGUGUUUUAAGAAAAUACUAAGAUAUGCAAAGCCACACAAAAAAACAAUUAUGUUUUAGUUCAAUAAAUAAAUAGAAAUUCCUUUUAUUUAUUUAUAUAUAUUUUUUUGUGUGUAACUAUGUGACUGAUAUUUGCAAUGUUUUUAGUAUUUGUUACUAUGGAGCAAAUAAAACGUCGUAAUAACUAGGCCAGAUAUAAAGAUGAAUUAUAUGUUUCUUCGCCAUGGCCUGGGAUUUGUGAGCCAUAUAGCCCCUGAGCUGACCAGCUGCCUGAGAGCAGAGGCAGGCGGCCGGCACAUGGGGAGCUCAGGCGGGCUGGCAACCGCGCGUAGGUGCAGCACUGACCCCGUGUCACUAGAGGUGUUACUAGGUAGCUGUCACUAGAGGUGUUACUAGGCAGCUGUCACUAGACUGUUACUAGGCAGCUGUCACUAGACUGUCACUAGAGGUGUUACUAGGCAGCUGUCACUAGACUGUUACUAGGCAGCUGUCACUAGACUGUCACUAGAGGUGUUACUAGGCAGCUGUCACUAGACUGUCACUAGAGGUGUUACUAGGCAGCAAUGUAAACACUGCCUUUUGUCUGAAAACACAAUGUUUACAUUGAAAUGCAUGCAGGAACAGGAUAUAGAGCUCAGAACAACUACAUUAAUCUGUAGUGGUUCUGGUGACUAUAGUGUCCCUUUGAGAAUUGUAUUUUUGACUUUUAAAAACCUGUCUCCUAACUUUUCUAGAUUCCAAGCAAAUUUGUCAAGUCCUGAUUUAAAUUUUAAUUGUAUAAAAAUGACAAAUACAAUAUGGCAUAAAGUAGAGUGACAAAAUGUUUGGUCAUAAGUGUAUAUAUAAAAGGCAUUGUUGCAGUAUGACUGGGAAUUUUUAAUAGUUAAUACAUUAAAGGAACACUAAAGCUUUUUACCGUCCUUUUUCCAGCGCUGAGGCUUCCUUUGCGCUGCUCAUUUCAGCGCAUCUCGCAGCAUCAUGGAGGAUGCAUGGCCAAUUCCAAUGCUCCUCAUAAAGAUAUUUUGUUCCCUCUAUCAUAGUGGCCUAUUUCCAAGAUGGUGGCCACUUCUGCUCUUCCAGUAUAUUGAGUGUCUGAACAAUCAGUCGAUGAUGCGACCCUGCCGGAAGAAACACGUUGAUAAAAAUAGGGGAGUAAAGAACUUGACAUCCAGUGACAAAAGAUGACAAUGGACGUGGAGCUAUACUAAAGCUCCACCUUUUGUAAAUCUGCAGGUUAUACAUAAGGAAAAAUAUUAAUUAUGAAAAAAUAAAAACAGGGCUGCUCUGAGAAGGGGUAGAGAGAUGUACCUAGCUAAGCAAUUAAAAGAUAAAGUGACAGAUUUAGGGUUACUUUAAUGCUGUUGGAGCCUGUAAUUAUUAUGGCUCCUAAAGUCCUAGCAUGCUAUUUUCACUUAGUCGGCCUUGUUUUUGCUGCAUAAAACUGUUUCUUGGUCCAAUCGAAUGUUUCUCACAGAGAACCAUUGCUCGACCUUGUGCUCGUGCAUGGCGAAUGCACCAGUCUCAUUCUUCUUAUAGGGAAUCUUUGAAUCUGGUGCUUGAAUCCGAAGCAUUGAACAUUACACUGCUCUGAGUUGAGGAGUGAGGGAGGGAGUACGCCAUGUACUAGGGUUAUGGACAAAUGGAAAACAGGGUGAAAAAAAAAAAAAAAGAGGAGGAGGAAACAUUGAAAGGGCCUGGAGGUCUGGUAGUACUUGAGUAAGGAUGGGAGGGGACCAAUAAUAAAAUCCAUGGACUACUCAUGUAGGCAGGCAGGGAGGUUUGGGAAAGCUGGUAAAAUGGAGGGAAUGCAUUUCACAGUACACAUUAAGUUGCUUUCUCCUUUUCACAGCGCUGUCUACAAGAGAAGAGGGACAACAUCUGAGCUUUUUCCAGUGUGCAGUGUAUGCUGACGAUAGUUUUGUGCAAAAAUAAGUAUAACAUUAGGCAUUCUUAAUGUCCAGGCUGACCAAGUCAAGUGUGCUGGAGGUGCAUUUAGAGAUAACUUUGUGUAGCUUAUUCAGCAGAAAGGCUGCACAAACAGAUUUCUCACUCCAUGGCUACAUCUGAAAUCAUAUAUAUAGAAUUUGUGUGUGAGAGUAAGUAUCAUAUUAAAACAAUGGCAAGUAGAUUUUCCUACCCUUUUCGUGACAGAAAAUAGAGAUUUUGUUAAGUAUAGGAGUCUUAGUCAAAGUCUAUACUUUUCUUUAUAGCAGCAAACACAAGUGACACAAGGAAGGUAGAAUGAACCAAGAAACCAAUUUGCAACCAACCUGAUGUUGAUGGAACACUCAACACCUAAUUGGCAUAGUUCUUAGUCUGUAAACCAUCUCUAUAUUCUUCCUCUUCCGUGCUGCAACAUUCUUUAUGGAAUGCUGAAGAAUUUGAAGAACAAUCAAGCAAAAUUUAAACAAAUCCGAAAUAUCCAGUGGGAAGAUUCAAAAACAGAAAUGUUAGUCAUCUUCUCUAACCCUUUAAGAGCAGAAGGAAUUGCCCAAGUUCUAGAAUUUUCACUGUGUUUGUUCCACUGUAAUUUAAGGGUUUCUCUUUAAGCCAAAUGAUAUACAAACCCAACCCUUAACUCUAUGACCAUAUAUCUCCCCUAACCUUAAAGUGUUACUCCCAAUGCUUUUUAGUAAACUUUUUAUUAUAAUUCUUAUUAUUUAGAAUGCCCUAAUGGGGUUUUGGAAUUAGGUACUGCCUCCUAAACCUGUGCAAUAAUCUUUAUUUACCUGGAACCCAGCGCUGGGGAAACUUCUCCUUCCUGGUUUCACUUCCCAUCUGAUGUCACUCUUCACUCGAAAGGUCCAAAAAAAAAAAAAUGUUUCUCAUAGAGAAGUAUUUCAUUGAGUCAUUCUCACCAGCUCUGAUCUUGGAGGGGAGUAAGUCAGGGAUGUACAGAGAAGGGAGGGGAGACAACCGGGGUAGGCAACUUUGGCACUUCAGAUGUUGUCCACUACAUCUCCCAUAAUGCUAUUACAGCCAUAAUGCUGGCAACACGUUAAGUGAGAUGUAGUCCACAACAUGUGGAGUGCCAAAGCUUGCCUAUCCCUAGGAUAUAAUAAAAAUAUUAACACACAUUAAACAAUGCUGAGAGACCUCAAAUGUGGGAGGAUAAAUUUAGGCUUCCCUUGCAGGCACUUUCUCAUCGCUGCAUGCAAGGGUAGAAGGUAAUAACGGUCUGUCACCAUUGUGCAUGUGCAGUCCGGAAAUAGAGUUCUGGGCUGCCUAAGUCAUUUGUGCCAGGGAUGCAACUAUCCCUUUGCUCAAACGUGCUCAUUUUUUUUGUAUGCACAGUGAUUCAAGCAGAAACGCUGCACAUACAGAUUGCUGCCACCAUAACCCUUUAACCUUACACUAUCCUUAACCAUAAAAUAGCAUUAACCCCAAUCCAGAAUUAACCAUUUGCUAAUCCUUAGAAAUACCCUAGACUAAUCUGUACUAACUCAAGCAGGGAUAUUUCCGUGUAAUGCUGAAACCAGCAUGCUACCUCUGCAGAUUACAGUGUGAUUGGCACUGGGCAACUGGCAAAGCCCAGCACCAAUCACAAGUGGCAGAGCGGCAUGCUGGGAGAGAAAAUCUAGAUUGUGAUAGACAUAGAGAAUUUUAUGUAAAACAGGAGACUUGCAUUAUGCACGUUUAAAUAACUUUACAACACAUAAAUACAUUGGCAGAGUUUGGCUCUCUGGUGCUUUUGGAAGCUUUUUGUAGGAGCUUUCAGCUCCACAGGGGGCGGUAGCAGGCACCCGUUGUCCCCAGGUAAGUUGUCAACCCCUUUGCAAAUGGUUUGGCUACUUGCUUAAGGGUAUUCUUGGCAACUGUUGACUGGACUGUUCCUUUAAUGUCUAGGUGAAGCACAAAGGUUCUGAUGAUACCAAAUCCAGACAAGUGAAUUGCUGUUUUUCCCUUCAAAAUGAAUUGGAGGUACUGCUCUGGACCCCUAUGGAUAAGCAUCUUUAACAUUCAGUCUUUCUGAAUUAAAAGAUUACUUUGAAAAUAAAGCUCUAAACCAGGGCUAUAAAUUACACUAUUAGCCAAGUUACUCACCGCUGUAAGUCUGACGGUCUAUUCACCAGGGCUGAAUUUUCCCCUCUCAAAUGGAUGAGUGGAAAAGUUCACAUAUUUAUACCUGGUCUUUGGCCAGCAUUUCUCUUUUCCACUAGGAAAAGGUUGCUUGAAAAACUUUAAGAGGCAAUCAGAACCUAAACUAUGGCCCAUUUGGAUAUAUGAUCUAAAACCUCUACAUUUACCAACUGUUUGUCAUCACAGGAAAAUUAAGGGGAAUUGGAGUUAGUCUUAAUCAAGGAGGAAUGAAACUCCAUUGUGUUUCCUUUUACGCAUUGGUUGUAAUUUUUGGCUAACUAAGAAAAAAAAUGGUCUGGCACCUAUCUUUCCGGGGAUGAAGGAACAAGUACACUUACUAGAGGGAGUCAUAGAUGAUCACCAUAGUCAUGAGGAUCUCACUUUGGAGGAAGAAUGGGGUGGUUUGCUUGAUGUCUGUGUAGUUUAUAUUUCUGUCUGAGUUGAGGAGGAGGUCUCUUUUUGGAAAGGCUGUAAAAGACAGGGGCUGCUCUCUUAAGAUGGAGUAGCCCCUAUUUUUUUACUGCCUUCCCAAAAAUGUUUGAGUUAAACACAUUUUUAAGGGUUGUUUGGUAUUUAUCCGAGAUAUAAUAAUAUUAAUACAUUACUCUGGUUUUCAAGUAUAUCCCGGGGAUGCUACUUUUGCCCAACAUCCAGGGUAUGUUCCUAUUACGCAAUUUAUUGGUACCAUAAAGGUAUUUAUAUAUUAAUUAAGCCAUGCACACAGGACUCACUGAGCCUUUUCUAUUUAUGUAUUAUUACUGGCAUUUUUAAAGCACCAACAUAUUCCGCUGCACUGUACAAUUAGGAAAAAGACAGUACAAUAUAAACAGACAAAUACAAAAGGUAAAAGGCCCCUGCCAGUGUGCAGAGUUCUAGCCGCUGAAGAUCUUUUAUUUAGAGUACUUUGCUAGAUAGCCCAUGAGCUCAACAAUUAAAAUGGGAAGAUGAGACAAGUGUUAGAAGAGGGAAUUUGGAGGUGAUUGACUGUGAUUCCAAACAGCUGAAAGUGCAUGCUAUAUUGUUAGAAGGAACCGGGGCGGGUAGUGCUUAGUAGAAAAGAAGUGGAUUGUUUCAGUUGGUUUGUGGAAUUGGGCCUAUGUAAUAGAGAGACAUACAGUUAUUUGAAAGGAUUUACAUUUAGAAGGGGCAACCAGUUUGUGUGUGUGGAGCAAAGCAGACAUUUCUUGUAUACAAAAUAAAAACUUGCCAGCCAAAAUAGUAAUAACUAUAUGUAAGUGCAAGUACAAAAUAUUACAGUAGUAAACUCUAGGUAAGAAUGGUAGCAUUAUUAUAGUAAAUGAAUGUUGUAGUAACAAAGGUGAAAUAAAUCCGGUGCAAUCAGGGCCGUCCCAUGCGUAGACUGCGGUGGAGCCAUGCCUCCAAGUGGCACUCUGACAGGUGAGGCAUUUUGCCGCCCCUCUGUGGCGGGCCAUCGGUUCGCAAGUUAGGCAGCCGCCUAAGGCCUCGAAGCCGCCAGACUCCCCAUAGGGUAGGCAUACUGUGUCAGGUCCUCGGUCCCUCACCGAGGACCCGACACCAGGAGGGGGUCAGGCGGCUUGCCCAAUAUGCCGCCAGUGCGAGGCCCCUCCAGCCUGCCUUGAGAGGCCGAGAACCAGCACAGUCUGCAGCUCCACCAGGUGUGAGCUGCAGACUGUGCAGUGUCUCGCAAUCUCUGGCCAAUGAGAGUGUUGCCGCGGGUUGCCAUGGCAAUGCUCUGACUUUUGGAUAUUGCGAGAUACUGCACAGUCUGCAGCUCACACCCGGCGGAUUGGAGAGACAGCCCACUGGACCACCAGGAAAAAAAAAUACUUACUGUGUCCCCCUCUCAGUCACUCUGCCACCUCCUUCCUUACUAUGCCACCUCCUCCCUCCCUCGGUCACUCUGCCACCUGUCACCUACUGUGUCACCCCCUCAGUAACUCAGUCACCCUGUUACCCCUCCCCCACUCUGCCACACCCUCCCUCCAUCAGUCUGCCACCUCCCUCAGUCACUCUGACAUCUGUCACCCACUCCCUCACUGUGUCACCCCCGUCCUCAUUCACUCUGCCACCUGCCACCCCCUCCUUCACUGUGUCAACCCCUCCCUCAGUCACUCUGCCACUUGUUGCCCCUUCCCUCCCUCAGUCACUCUGCCACCUGUCACCCACUCUGUUACCAUGUCCAUCCCUCAGUCAGUCUGCCACCGGUUACUCCCUCAGUCACUCAGCCACCUGUCACCCACUCCCUCAGUGUGUCACCCCCUUCCUUUCUGUGUCACCCCUCCCUCUCUGUCACUCUGCCACCUGUCACCCCCUCCCUCACUGUGUCACCCCCACCCUCCUGCAUCUACUAUACAUAUACACACUGCAUCCACUAUACACACACACUGCAUCCACUAUACACACGCACUGCAUCCACUAUACACACGCACUGCAUCCACUAUACACACGCACUGCAUCCACUAUACACACGCACUGCAUCCACUAUACACACACGCUCUGCAUCCACUAUACACACACUGCAUCCAUUACAAAAUACACACAUGCUGCAUCCACUAAACACAUGCUCGGUAUCCGCUAUCCACACACUGCAUCCAUUACAAAAUACACACAUGCUGCAUCCACUAUACAGACACACAAUGCAUUCACUAUACACACGCUCUGCUUCCGCUAUCCACACACUGCAUCCAUUACAAAAUACACACAUGCUGCAUCCACUAUACCAGUGGUAGUCAACCUUUUUCUUCCUACCGCCCACUAAUGCAUCUUUCUUGAUGGAAAAUUUUCCUUACCGCCCAGUUUUCGGGCAAGUGCAGAAUAUUUUUUAGAAAGGAGGGUGUUUUAAAAAUAAAUAAAUGUACGUACAUUUAUCUUUUUAUUUCUACUUAAUGCAUGUUUAUAAUGUUUUUAACUUUAUAAAGUUUAAUGAGAAAACAAUAAAGUAAAUUGAAAUUACCUUUACUAGUGAUUAAUGAGAUACUUGAGGUUGAUGCUGCGAGACUAAAUAUUUGAUAUCUGGUUCGAUUUUCAUAAGGAACAAACGAAGGUCUCCUCUUUCGGUGAUAUUAAGACGACUUCUCUGUUUGCGCAUACUUUGAUUUCUCAUCUGUGCGUCAGCUCCACUCCUCUCCCUCCUCAAUUCCCCUUCCCACUUUUUUUUUUCCUUUUUUCUAUUUUUUAACCUUCCUUAUAGCAAUGCCCAGUAGGAAGGCUGAGCUAGGUAGCCCACUUACUAUUACUUACUAUAGCCCACUAUAAUAGACAGACACACAUACAUACAUACAUACAUACAUACAUACAUACAUACAUACAUACAUACAAAGACACAUACAUACAGACAGGCACACACAUACAUACAUACAUACAUACAGGCACACACACACACACACACACACAAGACAUACAUACAAAGACACAUACACACAAACAAACACACACAAAAUAUUUUAGUCACCCUCCUGUUUCAUACCUUUUAGGUGCAGGAGGGUGACUUUCCCUUGGGUCCAGUGGUGGCUCAGGUGGAUGGGAGUCAGUUCCCACUUUGACUCCCUCUGCUUCCUCCCGCGCGGUCUCAGUGUUAGCUGGGAGUGACGUGCAGUCACUUCCUCCCAGCGUUUGAUGUAAUCACAGGGGGCCCUGUCGUGCUGUUAAAGCACCCAGCGCUGACCGAGCCCACUUACAAUCCACAUCCAUCGGGUGGCCCCGACAGCAUGGGCCACUCAAUGGACCCCUUGGAUGGCGGCCGCCGGCGGUUUGCCGCCGCAAAUGGUGAUGGCAGUACCCGGUCGCAGGGGUUCCGCCGGCUCGCUCCUGCCCACCCAAUCUUUCAAAAUGAGGAAUUCCCUACCGCCCACCUGGAAUCCUGAAACACCCACUAGUGGGCGGUAGGGACCAGGUUGACGACCCAUUCACUAUACAGACACACAAUGCAUUCACUACACACACUGCCACAGCCACUGCACAAAUACACGAUCUGCAUCCACUACAGAGGUAGAGAGGUAGAAAUGCAGUGACUUUGUUUCAGUUGGUUUGUGGAAUUGGGCCUAAGGAAUGGGGGUACACGGUUAUUUGAAGGAAUUUACAACUAGAACCAAUGGCCCAGUCUUGAUAGUACAUAUAUAUUUUUAUACCAAAUAUUCAAGUAAUACCUGGGCUUCCAACACAUGUAAGAUGAGAAUUUUAAGUUAAAAAAAAAAUCCUGUUCCCUUCGAGGCAUUUUUGCUGGUGACACAUUAACAGAGUGUUGCAUCAGUCACCAUGGCUAUGUACUGAGUGAUUGACUGCUUACCUCUGUUAAUGGCACAGUAAAAAAAAGGAAAUUCAUGUUGACAUUUUGGCAUAGUAUAGGUAAACAAAACUCCUCUUGAAUCUUUAUCUGUACCAGCCAAUUAGUAUUUGAAAGAAGUAUUUUGUUAAUGUGUUCAAACCUGAUUGGCUCCAACAUAGAAUAACAAAUAUGUUUAACCUAGCCCAGUUCCCAGCUUGCAGUGCAACAUUUAUGUUAGAAAAGACUGUUACCUGGUUUCAUUCCAAGAUGCUUAAAAUCUAUAGCAUAUAUAUUUAAACAUUGUAGAACAGGUUUUGCAGGUUGGUGGGGGUAGCCUUGUUUGCUACUAAUACAUUCUCAGAGUGAAUCACAUAACUGAGGGCUGUCUACGAUGCUCCAAAUUUGUCAGAGAAUUAAACAUUAGGGCAUAAUCUACUGUUUUCACAUUAAAGGGCAGUUUGCUACUAACUUCCCAAAUUAUCUGUGGAGCAUGUUAGUGUCUUGUAAAACGGUAUGUAAGAAAAUGUCCAAACAUAAUAUGUGGAAUUCACAUUUUCUCAGCAUGAAAUUAGUUAAAUGAUGACAAUGGUUUCAUUGGAAUUCUGGGAAUAAUUUGUUGAUUGAAUUUACUACAGCAUAUGAAUUAUACUGUUUUACAGCACAGCAAUGUUAAACCCUACUUACAGGAAUGCUCUCUUUUUUAAAUUCUUUAUUUUUGCAUUGCAAAAGAAUUACAUACAGGUUUGCAAUGCCACAACAGCAAAUACAGGCAAUUCAAAGCAGGCAAUAUGAUGACAUGGGAUAAAACUUCAUCUAUAUUUUUUUUUACUAUAGUAAACAUGCUCAUGCAUAAUAAGUUAGUAGAUGAGUAAGUAUGAGUAGUAAUUAAAUCUGGUCAUGUAAACUGACAUUUUGUUAGUCAAAAUAAAAUAGUAUAAUUUAUAAAGAAUGAAAAUACAGUGCUAAAACAAAAACUCAUGGCUGAGAAGCAAGCUUGACUUUUGCACUGACAUAAUGGUUAACAACAGAUUUUACUGUCACAGGCUUAUUCAACUCUAGAAGUGGGAUGCAAAAUAUAGAAGAGUAGCAUACUAAACAUGCCGGAGAAAUAAAAGAAGAGGGGGGAAGUAGUGGGUUUAGCACUGUUACAAGUGAAUUGCAAAAUACUUUGCAACACUUAGUACCCCUGACCAAGGGGGCCUCAGAAGAGGUAAUGGUUUCCCACCAAGUAGUAUUACAUGUUGGAAAGUAUGAAACAAAAUACUCGUCUCAUGUAAUAUCCCAAGUUGCCCCUAUAUUAGGUAGCCCAAUACAUAUUAAAAAUUUAAUUAGGACCUUGCAAAGUAGGCAAGAACAUAAUUAAAAACAAAGCAAGAGGAUGGGGCAUGGAGGACAGAGCUCAGAUGAAGAUGUCUUUUCCCUGAGUUCCAACCGGAACUAGGGGAAACCUGAGACUUAGAGCCACAAAGAGUGGAACUUUUGCACCAAAACAGCACCCCCCACAGGCAGAGACAAUGGGGCAGAAAAACCGCCAGUCAGAGGCUCCCUGUCAGCCUGAUAUUCGGCUCUCCUUUGAGAGACCGCGACCGCAGCUGUCUAAAAUGGUGCCGGAACCACGAGACGUUCCGGAGCCGUCAGAGGCCUUGCUGGAGGAAGAAGAUCCUCUCACCUCUCCCCGUUUAGGGACUACAACCCCCACCUUAGAUUUGAGCGAGGAUGAAGCACCCUCAACGAAAGGAGACAUUAGGAGGCUCCUGGUUGACCUCUGGAGGGUCUGGAAAGAAGACCUCCAGGAGACCCAGGCAUAGAUUGGUGAAGUCCACAAAAAGGUGAGGGAGCUGGAGGGGAGAGGCUGACAGGUCCAAACACAUAUAAGACACAGCUGACAAACUAAAAGGACUUGCCGCCCAAGUUCAGCACCUCAACAGUGACCACCCUAGAGAUGUGCCACAGAAAGAAAAAUAUACGACUCAGGGGCAUCCCAGACCAAGUAAGCACAGAGACAUUGCCUAUGAUUAUCAAAGACAUGCUUACAGACAUGGGAAUUGAAGACACCUCUGCAAGGCCUAUGAUAACCUCCACGUUCAGAGUUAGGAAAUUAGCUGCGCCGUCAAGUGGCGCACCCAGUGAUAUAAUCGCGGUGAAAAGAGAUAUCGCAGUGAGAUCAGUGAUUAUGACCCGCUCAAGGGAGAUGGGGACUAUACAUUAUAAGGGGCACACUGUUGCUAUAUAUGCGGCUAUCCCAUUUUCAGUCCUGGUAGAGAAGAGGAAGCUGGCUCCGGUCGCUAGUCCACUAAGAGAACACUCCAUGAAAUACCGCUGGGGAUUAGAGGGGUCCCUCUUGGUAAAGAGUGGAGGAGGGACCAUUACACUGACAUCAGCGGAAGAUCCAGAGCUUCUCCUGCAGGCAGUGGGAUUGUCCAUCAAUCCACAAGGAGCUUCUCCAGAGGCAAAAAAUAAAGAUCUGGACCGUAAAAUUAGGAACAACGCAACUACACAACCGCAACAAACCAUACCUAAAAAAGUGCACCCACCAGCAAGAAGCCGGGACGCCGGCCAAGGCACUUUGGGAAAUAUAUAUCUACUUUUAACUAUUUUAACUAUUGUAAUUAUUUUAGAGUCAUUUAUAAUUUAGAUUGGUAAUUGUAUUACCUAUUUGACGUUUUAUAUUUAUGCUGAUAUUCUUGCAUAAUAUACUGCAAUAUCUGUCAGAUAUUUUAUAGCUGCAUUCUUUUUCUCACAUUUUCAAGCUCCUGGUUUACUCUGUUUCCAUAUUUGUUAAUACAUUUGGGAUUUGGUGAAACCCCACUUUUUCCAGUUUUGAGCUUUUAUUCACUUUUGUCCUAUUCCCUCUUACCUAGUCUUUGAUAGACAUAUUGUUUGGCUAUCAAGAUUUACCCCUGCUAACUUUAGGAACACUGACUAGCCCAUACCACAUCAGACGCCUAACUUGAUGCGAGUCGGUUCCGUGGAUGCCGUCGUCCGGAGACCUAACCACCUCCUGCUCAGAGUCCGGGACUUACCUAGCACCUAAGUUGCCUAAGGUUGCCAUACCUGUUGACCCCAAGAGACCGCCUAUUCCUGUUAUAACACCAGCAAUUAUGUUGUUAUAGUCACCUAAUAUGUUGCUUACCAAAGGUUGUUAAUUUAUCAUAAUUAAUGAAAAAGUUUGAUAACGAUGUCAUUCACUUAAUAAAAAACAUAAAUAAAUUUUUUUUUUUUUUUAAAGCAAGAAAUAUGAGCAACAGUAGUAUUAACAAUAGCUGUAGGUUGGCAUUGAUCAUAUUGUAGGCCAAGCAAGACCAUCUCCUUAGCCAGCUGUAGUUAGGUGUCUGGGUGAUUCGGUGCUCCGGCUCUCAGGACAAAGGGCAUGAUAUUGGAUGGGCUCCCGGCCCCACCAGGAACCUGUGCUGUUGAGCCAGUAUUUGUCUACACAAGUCCCAAUGUUGUAAGGACAUUUGAUGCUUCAACCAAUGAUGUUAGUGUGUGAGUAGUCCUGUUUCGUGACAUUAGGAGGGAUCCCGGUGCCCCCUAUAUGUAGGCCACGUCAGAAGCUUGUAGUUGAUGUGUUAUAGGAGUAAGGGACUUUUGAAGGGUAGCCCUCGUAAAAUCCUGAUAGAAGGAUAAGUGUGAUUCCUCAAAAAAUACUCAACGUUAUGAAUAAAUUUCUAAUGUUAUAGUUGCAAACUAAUAUAGGUUGAAAAUAUACUAAAGUCUAUCAAGUUCAACCCUGAAACCUAUUUUUUUAUGCUGAUAAUCCAAAAGAAGGCAUAUAAGAAAAACAACAAACAAACAAUUGUAGCCAUUUCCAAUUAUGCCACAGAAAGGGAAAACAAAAAAAAUCUGUAUUCACGCUAUAAUUGCAACCAAAUUUCUCCUUGGAUCAACAACCUGUUAACAUACAUUUCAGUUAUAUCUUUGGAUAUUUUGUUUUUGCAAAAACAAUCCCUUUUAAGUAUAGAAUUACACAUCUUAAUGAGUCUUACUGUAAAGUUAGUAUUGUUCAUAUUGUAGUGUUUCCCUGUUUCUUUAGAUUAUUGUUCCGCAUAAAAAAUAAAACCAUUAAAGUCACCUUUUAUCCAGGUUCGUCUCUGCUCUGCUCAUACUCUUCUGAGAUUAUCCUAAUGGAUGAUCUUGGGCCAAUCCAGUGCUUUUCAUGGAGACGUAUUGGGCCAUACUGUGCAUGCACUCAGCACAAUCAUUCAGAUGCUUCUCUUUGAGAAGCAUAGAAUCUGAACAUGAAGAAUUUCAAUUAUUAAAAGUAUUCAUGAGCAAGUGCCUGUAGUUACUCAGUGACAGCCACUAGAGGCAUUCUAACUAGACGGUCAUUUAUUCUAUGCAGAAUGUAUUAGUGGUGUAAAUUAGGUCAAGCCCAGCACAUGCAGCAGUACUUUGUCUAGACAGAGAUAAUAAUAUUACGUUGUACACGCUCAUCUCUGUGCUUUAUACACAUACAUAAUGCUUUUCUCUUAUUUUACUCUCUCUUUUUUGCAGCCGGCAAAGAUGGCACAGCAGGAGUGCCUAACUUGCAACUAUAUGACUUGAAAACCGGGCAAUGUGUGAAAACCUUUAUUCAGAAAAAAAUGCAGAACUGGUAAUUAUCUUAUUAAGAAAAGUAAUAGGUCAAUACAAAUGUUUGAGUUAACAAGGGCUAGCAGAGCUUAGGGUGUUAGUCUUGCAAAAUAUACAGGUGGAUCCUAAAUAAACAUAACUUGGCAAUUCAACUACAGUCCUCCAAGACCAAGAGUCAAAAAGCUCUGGCCAAUCACAUCUCCUCAUAGCGAUGCAUUGAAUCAAUGCAUCUCUAUGAGGAAAGUUCAGUGUCUCCAGGAAGGGCAGAGUCAAAAAGCUCUGGCCAAUCACAUCUCCUCAUAGCGAUGCAUUGAAUCAAUGCAUCUCUAUGAGGAAAGUUCAGUGUCUCCAGGAAGCACCUCUAAUAGCCAUCUGAGGAGUGGCCAGUGGAGGUAUCCCUAGGCUGUAAUGUGUCACAAACACCGGAACCAAACACGCCGACAGAACACAGAAACCGGAAGGGCCGUACCAGUCCUUAGAGUGGCCGGGCUGUGCACGCCGAGAGAAGUCUAAAUACAAGCCAAAGUCAGAGGGAACCAGAGAGACAGAAUAAUCGAUAAGACAAGCCAAGGUCAAGGGUCAGAGAAAGCAGGAUAAAUGGUGAGACAAGCCAAAAUUCCGAAACUGGACAAUCAGACAAACGGAGAAACUAUACGCACUAUUGGGCUAUCAGAAGACCACAACAGGGCAACAAGAUGUAGGUUUAAAUAUGCUUAGGAGGCUUCUGAUUGGUUAACUUUAGAAUAGCAUUAAUUAUGACACGUGGAAGGUAUUUGGGCCUUCCACUUUGACCUGUGACAUCAUAUUUGCGGGCCAGGUCAUGUGACUGACUCAGGCGCCUAUUUAAGCAUGCUGCACGCAAGCGUGCCGCGUCAGAAAUGUUGCCAAAGGAACUAGGGACAGCUGGGAGCGGCGGCAAGUAUCAGCGGCGGUUACCAGAAGCCACCACUCAUGGAGAGGAGUCAUAUGAGGCUGCCGUGAGUGGCGCGCGGUCAGCAGAAGCCGCUGCUCGUGAUGAGUAGGCAGCCGUGGGGAGGGAAUCUAACAGUAAUGUAAACACUGCCUUUUUCUGAAACGGCUGUGUUUACAACAAAAAGCCUGCAGGGGCUGACUAUACCCAUCAGAACAACUACUAUAAGCUGUAGUUGUGGUGACUACGGUGACUACGGUGUCCCUUAAGAAUAGUGUGCGGUUAAAUGUUUACUCCAACCACCAUUAUUAAAAAACGUUGGAGUAACACUUUUGAAUUAGGGGAGGUAUAUGAUCAUAGGGUUAGUUGUUGGGUUUGUAUAGCGUUAACGAGAAACCCUUGAAUCACAGUGGAACAAACACAUAGUUUUUGGUUUGGUUCAGAACUUUGGCAAGUGCCUCCACAUUAAGCUGAAGCUGUUCUGGUGACUAUAGUGUCCCUUUAAAGUACACCUCUUAAAUUAAAAAUAUUAACAUUUAGUCACACUAGUAUUAUUAUCUUAUUCAUAAAAGACCAACUAAGGCAGCAUUCUUUUAAAAAAUAAAUUUAAAAAAACUGUCUCCUGUAAUAGAAACAAAUGUUGAUGGUAGUUUUCAUUGAAUUCUUAAAAAAUACUCUCAUAGUUGUUUUGCUUUUUAAAGUUGUAUAGUAAGUUGCUUCAUGUUGGCUGUGGUGACAUUACACAUGUCAACAAGAUAAAUUUGCAUACUUUUCAUAAACUGCCUCUUAGACCUACCCUCAUACACCUAUCUAUUACAGUUUUUCCUCUUCAUGUCCCUUGUUUAUUCAGGUGUAAGAGAUGCAUAAUGUGUCAUGUUAAUAAGUAAAAACUAACUUAUGCUUUACCCCCUUUGCCUAGGUGUCCUUGCUGGUCUGAUGACGAAAGAAUAUGUGCCAGAAAUGUAAACAACGAAGUGCACUUUUUUGAGAACAAUAGUUUUGGUAUGAUUAUAUUAUGACACGUUUGUCUGUCUGCAAUGUUGGCAAUUCCAUUUAUGUGUAUUUACUUAAUUUUUCCCAAUGCCUUUGUUCCAGACAAUGCGCAGUGCAGCCUUUGGAUUUCAUUACACUUGUGCAAGAUUCUUUAAAUUAAAAGAACACUAUAGGGUCAGGAACACAACCAUGUAUUCCUGACCCUAUAAUGCAAAAGCCACCCUUAGAAUGGGUUAGAACUCACCUUAUUUUCAUCUCUCCAUGGGUCUGCUGGCGCUGGCCCCGCCCCCUUUGUGUUAUGGCCAAUCAGCACUGCGUGGGGAUGCUGAGCGGCAGUGCUGCCUACUGUGCAGCACUGAACUAGGAAGCCCCUCCAGUGGCCAUCUGCGGAGUGGCCACUUGGAGGUGUCCCUAGGGGCAAUGUAAACACUGCCUUUUCUCUGAUGUUCUUUAUGCAUCCUCUUCAUUUUACAAAAAGUGCAAAUUUCAAUAGAAAUUGGAGCUUUUAUAAAGCAGCUUUUGUUACACCCCCCAUCUGUCAAUCAGACAGCAUUUCCUGGUUAUUUCCUAGUUUGGUCAGCUCGGUGGAGCUGAACUUAAGAGGUAUGCAAUUGCUAAGAGCACCUGCUUUGCAAAGACUUCUCAUUGAGCUGCACUGUAAUUGCACAGCUAUCGAAAACCUGGGUGGGGUUAGAAGGGUAAGGCUUGCAGAUGUUUCAGACAACAGUUCUGCAGCAUUUGCAAGGCAUUUUUAAAUGCAUGAUUAAAUGCAUGCAUGUUUUCAUAGGAGGUAUAUCUACUAAACAGUGAAUUUGAUGUAUUCUCUUUUUGGGCAGUGUAGUGACACUUUAAGCUGAGUAAGUCGUUUUGCCAUGAGCUUUAAAAAUGCAUGAAUGAAAUAGUAUUAUGCAAUGCUAUGAUUUAUUUAUUUUUGUUUUGCUUAUGAAAAAUAAAUUACACUUUUUACAGUAAAAUUGCAGUUUUCAUCACAUUGCCAUGUGACUCAGUAGCAUAUUAGAGAUAUGAGAUUUCUAUUUAUCUUUAACAUGCAAGUUUGUCUAGAGAUUGUAGAUUUGUGAGAGUUUUUUUAGGGAUUAUUUUCUUGUGUCCUCUUGGUGCUGCUACAUUGUACCUGGGAGGUAAACUGUUAUGUUUAAAGGGACACUAUAGUCACCACAACAACUACAGCUUAAUGUAGUUGUUCUGGUGAGUAUAAUCAUUGCCUUCAGGCAUUUUCAGAGAAAAGGCAGUGUUUACAUUGCCUCUAGUGACACCUCCAGGUGGCCACUCCUCAGAUGGCCACUGGAGGUACUUCCUGGAGAAGUGCAGCACCGCCGUUCAGUGUCUCCACGCUUCGCAUGGGGACGCUAAAUUUUCAUCAUUAAGUCAAUGCAUUCCUAUGGGAAAGCAUUGGAUUGGCGAAAAAUCUGCAAUUUUGAUGUCAUGAAGGAGGUGGAUCAGCGGCGGGGCCAGCACUGGCAGACCCGCGCUGAGCUGGACAUAAGGAGAGUUUAAAUUCCUUUUAAGGGGGCUGAGGAGAGGGGAGACGGUGGGCAAGCCACCUGGUGGGUUUAACACUAUAGGGUCAGGAAUACAUGUUUGUGUUCCUGACCCUAUAGUGUUCCUUUAAUUAAUGGGGAGACAUAUAGUAAGCAUUUCUUUCAUCCCCCUCUCCCUUCCACAAAAAAUAAAUAUUUCACGUAUUUGUGUAUAUAUAUCAGCAUACAUAAUAUCGUUUUUAUUAUUUUUGUAUUUUUUUUUGGGGAGCAGAUACUAUUGCAAACAAACUACACUUACAAAAAGUGAGUGACUUUGAGUUAUCCCCUGGAGAACAUCCCUGUAAGGUGAGAUUACCUUAGUUGAAGUACUUACAAACAUGAAGAACUUUAGAAUUGUAUUAUCCAUAUUAAAAAUUGUGUGUUAUAUUUCCAGGUGGCGGUGUAUGUUCCUGGAAGCAAAGGGGCUCCUUCAUUUGUAAGGCUAUACCAGUACCCCAACUUUGCUGGACCCAACUCUGCCCUUGCCAAUAAAAGUUUCUUUAAAGCAGACAGAGUCUCUAUGCUGUGGAAUUCAAAAGGUAUAGUAUCAUUUCAUAUGUCAUGUUGCCCAGUUUUCUUCACACACCCUUUUUUGCAUUUUAGUGUAGCUGUAGUAUUAUGUUUGAUGCAAAUCCCCUAACAUUUAUAGUACUUGGCACUUCCCCUUUUCCAUCCUUUUUGUUACGUGCACUGUGGUUAAAAUUUCGCAAGAAGAAUGGAUACCGCAAUAUAGCUUUUUGUUGUUGUUUUUUUUUUUUUUUUUAUACAACAUGGAAUCUGAAAAAGCAAAUAAGAAAGUUAUUUCUUAAUUUCUCUAAUGAUAAUCUAAAGUAGUUAUUGCAACUCAUGCUUAUUUAAAGCUAUUGUUCCAUCUCCACACAUUGUAAUGCAAUUUACAGAGAUUUCUCUUUUUCUUAUUACAACAGCUAUUUUCAGUUAUGUCACAGUAGCAAGUUAUGCAUUCUCCAGCAUGUACAAGUACUUGUGUGGCAUGCCACUCGGUGGUUUCCUGGCAUGCAAGUCUUCACUUCCUCUCAGAGGCUACUUUGUAACAUUCUUUGAAUGGACCUGUUCCAUGAUUAACAAAAAUGUGCUAUAGUGACUACAGAUCCACUCAUGGAAAAUAACAUAAACGUUAUGAGUGAUCAAUAAGCUGCAUCGACAAAUGUUUCUUUUGUAGGAGCUGUCCAUGGCUAAUAUUGACUUCAGUUUGUGCGUGGUUUGUGAUUUUUCCAUGAAAAAAAAUUCUGCUAGUGGUGAUAAACCCUUGCCUGGAAGGAGAUUUUGGGGUUAGAGAGAUCUCCCACCUUUUGCUACAAGGGCCUUGGAUACAUUUAUUUACUGUGUGUCCUCUUGUUAACAAGUCUUCCUUUUGCCCUUGUUGUAUAGGUACUGCAGUACUUGUGACAUCCAGCACUGAUGUGGACAAAACAGGAGCUUCCUACUAUGGAGAGCAGACUCUUCAUUAUAUAGCAGUAAAUGGAGAAAGUGCAGUCGUACAGCUUCGUAAGUAGCCAUGUACCUUUAGGAAUAGAUUUGGGGGUAACACGUCCAUGUAAAGGGGGUGAGAUAAUGGAUUGAUGAAAACAGUAACACAGGCAGUGUUUGGUUUGGAAAGGGGUGUUUUAUUUAUGAGAUGUGGCACAUGAUUUCAAACAAACAUUAAUUUUGGCAUUCACCAUGACUUGGAACGCAGAGAGUAUUGAGAGAGCAGAUUAGAACUGGGAGAUCUUUUAUAAUCUUUAUGUAAACAGCAUGCAUUUUUCAGUGGAAAAUAGUUCCUGAUAAAAGUUUACCUAACUGUUUGUAGUGCUAAGUACAGAAUUCCGGCUGUACACCUGUUCCAGCAGUCUGCUUGCAUUGCCAUCUUUUUUUAUUAUGCCUUAUUCCCUUUUUUUUUUUUUUGCAAAUACAAACUUAUUAAAAAAACCAAACCAUACAGAAAUGCAUUUCAAACCAUGGAUUCAGGGUUUUUUUUUUUUUUUAUUAUCAGGAAUACAUAUUGAUGUAAAUCAGGGUACUUUAUAUCUGAAAUUAAAAGGUCAUCAAUCCUGUCAUAUAGCUUAUGGGGCUUCACCAAGUAAUUACAUCAGAGUUACUCACUAAAUUCAAAAUUGAAAUCAAAAUUGUAAAAUUUAGGCUAAAAUAGCCAACCUGUGACAGUGAAGAAUUUUUGUUGCAGCUAUAUUUAAAUUUUUGCAAUUUGGAUUUCAUUCUCUAAAAUUAGGACUUCAGUGUGUUGUUUCUGUUUAAAUUUAUAAAAACCGUUAAAAUUGUAAGUACACAGACUGACAUAAAUGUACAUCUUGAUAUGCAUGGAUGAGAUACUAUAACUUCACUUAUUUCUCAAUGACACCUAAGGUGCAAAUAUUGAUUUAUUGCCAAUCAUUUUCAAUUUCUUUCAGCAAAAAAUGGUCCUAUCUACGAUGUUGUAUGGAACCAAAAUGCAACAGAAUUUUGCGUUGUUUAUGGGUUCAUGCCAGCCAAAGCUACAGUUUUUAAUCUUAAAUGCGACCCCAUAUUUGAUUUUGGCACUGGUCCUAGAAAUGCUGCAUUCUACAGCCCUCAGGGACACAUUUUGGUACUGGCUGGGUUUGGCAAUUUGAGAGGACAAAUGGAAGUAUGGGAUGUAAAAAAUUAUAAACUAAUUUCUAAGCCAACAGCCUCUGAUGCCACUUUUUUUUCUUGGUGCCCUAAUGGAGAACAUAUGGUCACUGCCACAUGCUCCCCAAGACUGCGUGUAGGAAACGGGUACAAGAUAUGGCACUAUACUGGUACUCUUCUACAUAAAUAUGAUGUGCCAGAAAACACAGAACUUUGGCAAGUUACCUGGCAACCUUUUGUUCCUGGGGUCUUUCCAGCAAAAUCAAUUAUUUUCCAGGCCGUGCCUAGUGACAUCCAAGCAGAAGAGACUAAGCCGGCACAGGCAUACAGACCUCCAGCCCUCAGAAAUAAACCACAGACUAGUUACAAGCUGGUGAGUAACUUUGUGUGUGACUAGAAAAGUUAAGUUUGUAACCAUUUGGGUUCCAUACUACUGGUUCCAUCAUACAUUGGAAAAGAGGACAUCUACACCACAUCUUUCUGUUCCUCAUCACUGUUCUCCUGUAAUCUUAACCUGGUCUUACUUAAAGUGGGUCUGCCACUUUCAGGAGUCUUUGCAUAUUUUGGAAUGACCCCAGUGAAGAUAAUAUCUUGCAUUAUUGUCUGGUGGCUGUGAGGUGCAGUCAAAGUUAGGUUUCUCUUAGCUGAAGCUGUCCCUCGUGGUUGCCACCAUCCAGCUCCUGGUAUUUAAUCUGCCAGGGCUGCAUUAGUGCGGGACUCUCAUACAAGAGUGCAACUUUGAGGUCUAUGGAGGAUCCCAUAGGAGCCUCCAUAGGUCAUGGCUUCUCAUGAGCAACAUGAAACCUAAAUCCCACAGCCCUCACUUGUGAUGGCUGCUGGGAUUGGUCAGAAGUUAAUGGCUGAGCCAUGCCUUUGUCAACCUCAGGCUUGUCCAUAAGACAAAUUAGUCCCUAUUUUGUCUUAUGGAAUCUUGGAUUGUGUUGGAAUCCAGUCAGCAUUAAUAUUUCAUAAAGAUUAUAUCUCUAUGAAUUACUAAGGAUUGUCAGAGCCACAUUUAUUUUGCUUUCUCUCUGAACACCAGCUAAUACGUCAAACUUAGAUAUUCUCUUUUAUAAUUCUUGAACUUUACAUGGUACAACAGGAAUGAUAUAGGGAUAUGGUAACAUAGUAUCUUAGAAAGCUUAGCCGUUGUUCAAAAAAUAAAGCCGUUGUUCACAAUAGUAAGCCAAGCAGCAGUACUGCAGUAGUAAAUUUAUGAAGAAUUACAAUUUUAAAUAUUAGCAAAUAGUUUAAGCCAGACUUGAAAACAAUUAAAAAUUGAAUAACUCCAUUAUAAUAUAUCUGGAUCCAAACCUGUCAUGAUAUAAUAAACCUCUUGUCUCAAAGGGAAAUAGCCUCCAGCAUUUGUUUAAAAAUGAAAAGAUGUAUGGAGCUUGGAACAGGAGUAAAACUACUAGACAUGCACUCUAAAUUACAUAACCACUACAAAUCAGUGUAACGGUAAUGCUUCCAGAGCCUUUGUGCAAUGUCUUCCAUUUUAUGUCAAACCAGUUUAACAAAUAUGGGUUUUCUCCUCACCCAGAGACCACUUCCUCUUUAUCGGAAUUUAUAAUGCUGAAUUUAAAGUGGCACAGUCACUUGUGGGAUCUUUUCAUUCUUUGCAAUGACCUCCCAAUGUGAUAUGCCCACUUUUAUGGCAGCAGCUAAGGGUUUAUUUAGGAGAUAUACUUAUGUUAAGUUCUCACUCCUUGGUACUACCACCUACUGGCCUCCCUGCUUAGCAGCUCCCAGCAGCUUGACUUGUCAGGAGCUGCCAUAACGUUGGUACGCUCACACAUAUGCAAGUGUACAAAACGGAGUCAAUGAACGAUCACAGGAUUAAAGCGGCACUGUCAUGGCCGAAUCCAGGUUUGUUUUUUUUAACCCCCCUCCUGACUCCACUACAUCUAGUUGUCACCCCCAAAUGCCCUUAAGCCCCCCAUAUUACCUUUUUCAUCUUUAUUUUGUGCCCAGACCUAGGUCCUGGUCGCUGUCAUCUUUGUGUGAGUAGAUGAAGUCCCUGUGGAACACAUCAUCUGCCCACACUAGAUAGCGCUGUGAAAUUCCCUUUAAUUACGCAUUUUUUUUUCCAUUGGGGGUAUAUCUAAAACAGCUUGCAAAAAACUGUCGACCUCUAGCGUGAAACCUUUGUAAACCCUCCCCUUCUUUCCUAGGCCAGACUUUCUGUGUCUGUCCAAUCACAGACCUUCCAAUGUAAGACUUCUGCGAUGGGCAAUUGCCUGCCUUUUGAGUCUAGCUCUGCUGAGCUUGACAACCAGGAAGUAACAGGACCAAUUGUCUGGUUAAUAGCCAGGGGUUACAACAAGGUUAAUUCAUAAAUGUGCCAAAUUAUGUUGAAAUAAGCACUUUUUGUAAAAUGAAAGAGGACAUUGGUUUAGGUGUGUGAAGUGUCCAUUUAAUCACUUGGGCAUUCGCUACGGGAAUUUCGUCUAUUCAUUAAUUCGUUAUAAGUUUCAGACUAACAAACAAACACCGAAUAUCGGUGUUGGUUCAUUCAGUUUAUUACAAGGAGGGAGCUACCAGCGCGCAGCUCCCUCCUUGUAAAAUGUUCUCCCGAACUCUAUGGGGGUCAAUAUGACCCCCAUAUUAGCAUAAGGGAGAUUGAAAUCUCCCAAAUGCCCCUGCUCGCUAUGCUGUGAGUAGGGGUACGUCAGUCAUUAUUGUAAAAAACUAGUCUGUCAAGGACUCUAGUUCUAUAGGAGUUAAUAAAUGCAAUGUGUCCAGGAGGUGUCACUCUAUCCUAAAGUAAGCUUUAGUAUCAGGAAAGGCAAAAAAAACCCUCUCUAAAUAAAAGAUUUCUACAACCCAUUCUAGUGUAAAAUAGAUUACUGCCCUUCCUCCCCCCAAAAAAUAAACACUCAAAGACCAUUUUAAAUGUACGUUUUUACUUACCUUAAUCCAGCGUUCACCUUGAGGAAGUUCAGUCACUACACACCUUUUGAAGGAUUUUCGUACAUGGAACUGUCUUAUUUAUUUUUGGUGACAUUUCACCCCUAAGUGAAUAUUGUUUAUUAAAACUAUCUAGUUCUGUUGUGCUAGUUGUAGGUUUAGAAAUUAAAUGCUCUCUCUCUCUCUCUGGUAAUUAUGAAAAUAAAGAGAUGCAACUGGGUUAGACUUUCUUGUAUUUGGUUUGCUAUAGCAAUUACCUGAUCCCAAUGACUCACCCAACAUGCAUUUCAUGUUUUAACAUAGUCUUGUCAGGGAAUAUAUUAUAUGUCCUUAUAAUUAGAGCAUUUCCUUUCCCAGUCUAGAGUUAUUACUAUAGAUUUAGGCACCAUUAUGCUAUUCAGUUAACAAGCGCAAUGCAACUGAUUCAGACACAAAUAAGGUUAGCCAAAUGCAGAAAAUCAAUCAGCCACAUUUUUGCGCAUUUUGCUUCCACCAUAUGUUGAGCCCCACGCAAUUUGUUCACAGAGGAAAUGAUGCAAGCGGAUACAUAGCCAAUUCUAGAACUAAAAUGAACUUAGAAUGACAAAGCAUCAUGGGAGUUGUAGUUCUACAACAUCUGGGGAUCUACAUUUUGGCACCCCUGGUCCAGAUAUAGUGAUUUAUUUCUAGAUCCUACGCCACUUAAGAGUUUGUUUUUGCAGGGUUCCGUAAUUGUAAUGGAAAUCUGAAUUUAGAGUGACCUCUGUUGGACACCGAAUAUAUACACUUCUUUAUGCGCAACUGUUUUUUGAUUCCCAUGUUAAAAAGAUUUAGCUGCAUGUGCUUUUAUUAACCUCACACAAUACACACCGUAGAUUUGAAGAGCCACAUUUCCAUUCUUGUUAAUCAUUUAUUUUUAAAGAGGACAAGAUGAAUGUUUUACAGCUGUUCCAAGUUCCACAUAGCUUUGUUUUAUUGCGAAACAUGUUGAAAGCAUUCUGAAGGAAACUCUUGCAGCUGUAGCAAGUUUGCACUCUGGCAACAUUACACCAGCCACUGCCAUCCUCAUCCCCUAUUUAUGUGAAACUGCUGCAAUUUGCGAAGUCGUCCACAUACAUUUAAACGAAAACAGAGCACCACAUGUGAAAACAAAUUAAUAUGUGUAAAUGCCAGUGUUAAAUGGUAUAACUUUCAGAGAAGUGAUGGUUCCUCUUUGAAGCUUGCUGUAAAAAGAUUAGGUCACCUAAGCUAGAGAUGCUGUGAAAGUGUUCUAAUAGGAUACCAAUAUGUUAUAUAGGCAUAUAUAAAUAUAUUAUAUAUAUGUAUUUAUACACCUGCAAUAUAUAACAUGUAAAAAAAAAUACUCUUGCAUUUGUAUACAAUUUAACAAAUAAAGCUUGCUUUUUCGUUGGCAGCCUUGGUGCAAGAGGCGCAUUCUGCCUAGAUUAGAAUGAAGUAUUAGCUUUGCUUUUAUGUGCAGCGUAAUAAUGCUGGAAAUGUUUGAAAAAUUUUAAUUUUAUUUUAUUAAAAAAAACACCAUUCAUUAGAGAAUUACUUGCUUAGUUCUAAUGCUCUCUCAUUCAGUAUGUAGGUUGGAUAACUGUAUUAUGCAGUAUAUACUAUGCAGCUUGUUAUGUCUCCUGUGUUCAAAGUUCAUUGUUGAGGGUGACUAACAAAAGGAAGAAUUUGGAUUAAAGGGACACUGAGAGCACUUAAAGUUCAAGACUGUGUCUGGUAGAAAAUAAUAGAAAAAACAACUGCCAACCUAUUCUAUAGGAAAAGACCAGGAAAAUACAGCUCUCCCAUAUUUUCUGUCGAGGGGCAUAUAGAAGCUACACUUUUGCACCUCAGAUGUGCUAGUGGUUUUAAUAAUGUAAAGCGCUACAGAAUGAGUUGGCGCUAUAUAAAUACCAAUAAUAAUAAUAAUAAUAAUGAAAAAAAAAAAUCACAAUCGCGGGUACAUGCUGUUGGGGCAUGGCACACGCAUUUGCAUCUGUUAUUUUUCUUUAUGCACUCAAAAAUAAAGAAUUUAUAAAAAAAAAAAAUUCACUGAAAACUGCUUGCACAAGUGAGUGGAAGGGUUUCUCUCAAGUCAAUGAUUUAUAUUUUAAAUUACUGACCUGCUAGCAGUUCUGUUAAGUUGGGAGGGCUUCGUGCAAACAAACAGCUGUUUUGCAGAUUUUUUUUUGCCAGCUCCACUAUUGGUUUCUGUCUCAUUAUUUAAUAAUUAAACCACGAAGUGAAUACAAAUAUUUUUGUUCUGGUGUUAAUAUAAAAAACAUUGCCGAGAAAGCGAAGGUUCUUCAUAAAAUUUUCAAGAUAUUUAUUCCACUUCAUUUAUUGUCUAUCUCUCUUACUAUUCAUUUUACAGAAUUCCAUUCAGUACGUCCAAAGGGUUAACAUAAAUACCAUUUGAGCAAUAAUGCGAACUAAUUCAGGUGUCUUCUUAUUCUUCUGAUACCUGUGUACCACAAUUACAGUUAAACAGCGUAGACUUGUAUAACAUAGAUUCCAGUGGAAUGCAGGUCAGUAGUACAGUCUAGCACUGCACAUCUUGCAAGAACCAAUUUUUUUGCAACCAAGCACAUAAAUUAUCUGACAAGCAAUUAAGUUCAUGUCUGUUCAUGUACUAAUGUUUUAGAGCAAAAUAGUGUUCAGUGUGACUGAUGAAUUGUGUAAUAAAGAUGAUAGUUUUAACAAACCUGUUAUGUUUAUUUAUUCCAUUGGUUUAUAUUUUUCUACAAUUAAGCAUGAAGAUGAGCCUCCCCAGAACAUGAAGCCACUGUCGGCAGAUAAAGCUUUGUCCAAAACUGCUUUGAAGAACCAAAAGAAAAGAGAGGCAAAGAAGGCAGCAAAGCAGGUUUGUAUAUGUUUUGCCAGCCCCUGUGAGGUGGUGUUGUGUAUACAUUGCAAGACAUUGUAGGUAUUUAACUGGACUUGUUGUGUAGGAGGCCAAAGCAGAAGAACCUGCUGAGCCAGUAUCGGAGACGACGCAGAAUAAUGUCCCAACCGCAAUAACUACUGGUGACCCGGAAACAGAUAAAAAGAUCAAGAAUUUGAAAAAGGUUAGCUGCUUUUUUAUAUCCAUUUGUGGGUUUCUGAAAUUAUCUGAAGCACUGGAAUUGUCCUUUCUUUGAAUUGUUACUUACAAAUCUAGAUUCUGUAAGAGGCUGUUCAGGGUUUAUCACAUAUCAUUUUAUACUCCAUACAUCAUGUUUAUUAGCAUGCAAAAUAGUACAUCUGUAAAAAUAGGAAAAACUUCGAUCAGGAGCAUCUCAUUCCGAUCUUAUCCCAUAAUCCACUGUCCAUCACUCUAUCAGGUGCAAAUCACUUCUAACAGCUCUUUCACGGUCCAACACACAGUCAGUGACUGGGAUCGCUGGCUGCCAUGGUCAUUGAGAAGCACCAGGAGUUAUGAGGGAGCUCUUAAAGUGAUCUGCACCCAAUAGAGAUGCAGACCACAGUGCUCUCUCAAGGUGCUUGGGUGGCAAUUGGAGCAGCGUAGGACUUAGUCCCAGCCUAGGCAGUCACCUAUGCCUCAAUUUGGGUAGAUCUCCUCUGGCCAGAGGUUAUUACUUAAUUGUCUUAGAAAGGUAAUAAUUAAGUCUAAGUUAUUUUAAAAAUAUGAUACCAUUAUACUUUAUGUUUAUUUUAUCAGAAACUAAAAGCAAUUGAACAAUUGAAAGAACUGCAGGCAUCCGGUAAACAGUUGGAGAAAAACCAGGUAAUACCAUACACACAUUCUGUCUACAUUAGAGGCACUAAACCCUUCUUCUUUACUAGAUAAAAUGUUGCCCACGAUGUCUUUCACAACCUACAAUGUACACAAACACCCCCGAAAAUUAUUUUGUAUUACAACAUUAAAUAAUUAUGAAUGGUAUGUGCCAUAACAUGUUGGACAACAUUAGCUUAGUGCAAAGGAGCAGAGAUGAUUUACUGCGCAAAUUGUGAUGUUCACCACCAAUGCGACAGAGGAUAAACAAACCAUCAAAGAAUAAGAUCUUUCACUAAUCUUUUGCAAAGAUGCAUGCUGACAAAUCAUAAAAUGUAGUCAUGAAAGAAAUUAUAGACUUGUUUGUGACACCUUUCUUUUUACUAUGUUGCUGUCACUGUGCAAAGAUAAAUACGCAGUGAAAGCAAGUACUUUUAGUCGCAUGCCACUGACCAAUUUACCUUUCAGAUACAAAAACUUGUUCUGGGAUUAAAUGGACACUUCACACACCUAAAGCAAUGUCCUCUUUCAUUUUACAAAAAGUGCUUAUUUCAACAUAAUUUGGCACAUUUAUAAAUUAACCUUGUUAUAAUCCCUGGCUAUUAACCAGACAAUUGGUCCUGUUACUUCCUGGUUGUCAAGCUCAGCAGAGCUAGACUCAAAAGGCAGGCAAUUGUCCAGAGCAGAUGUCUUACAUUGGAAGGUCUGUGAUUGGACAAACACAGAAAGUUUGGCCUAGGAAAGAAGGGGAGGGUUUACAAAGGUUUCACGCUAGAGGUCAGCAGUUUUUUGCAAGAUGUUUUAGAUAUACCCCCAAUGGAAAAAUAAAAUGCGUAAUUAAAUGCAUGUUUUCAUAUCUGCUAAAUUGUUUUAAAAUAUAUUUAUAUUUUUUCCAUUGGACUGUUUCUAUAAAGUUCACUUCAUGAGGACUCUCUUUUUUUGUAGCAUUUGAUACAGAGUAUGAGAUAUGAGUACAGUUUCUAAUAUGUACUUUUAUUUCCAAAGGACAUUUUUACUGCUGUUGGUGUGAGCAGUCAACGCUGACCUUAGUAUCAUUGUCCUUAACCCCUUAAGGACUGGACUGUUUUUGCGAUGUUGUACAUUUGCGACCAGGCAUAUUUUUACACUUUUGUGGUGUUUGUGUUUGGCUGUAAUUUUCCGCUUUCUCAUUUACUGUUCCCAUACAAAUUAUAUAUUGUUUUUUUCAGGACAAAAGGGGCUUUCUUUACAUACCAUUAUUUAUAUAAUCUCAUGUAUUUUAAUUUAAAAAAAAUAAAAAAAUCUGAUGAAAAAUUGAAAAAAAUACAUGUUUUUUGACUUUUACUUGAAAAAUCUUUUACUCAUCUACAAAAGCGAAUGAAAAAAACUGCUAAAUAGAUUCAAAAUUUUGUCCUGAGUUUAAAAUACCUAGUGUUUACGUGCUUUUUUGCUUUUUUUUGCAUGUUAUAGGGCUAUAGGUACAAGUAGGAUAUUGCGGUUUCAAAACAUACAUUUUAAAAUUUAUCAAUAGUGACAUUGUAACACUAUUAUCUGUCAUAAAUCUCUGAAUAACACCCCACAUGUACAUAUUUUUUUAAAAGUAGACAACCCAGGGUAUUCAAUAUGGGGUAUGUCCAGUCUUUUUUAGUAGCCACUUAGUCGAAAACACUGGCCAAAGUAAGCAUUCAUAUUUGUUUGUGUGUGAAAAAAGUAAAAAAACUAAAUUGAACGCUAAUUUUGGCCACUGUUUGUGACCAAGUGGUUACUAAAAAAGACUGGACAUACCCCAUUUGCAAUACCUUGGGUUGUCUUCUUUUGCAAAUGGUAUGCCAUCAUGGGGGUAAUUCUCAUUACUGGGCUACCAUACGCUCUCAAAGGCAACGUAACCAACCUGGCCAUUUUCAAUGUAAAAUAUUUGACCCAUAUAUUUGACCUUGUAACUUUCAAAAAUGCUAUAAAACCUGUACAUGGGGGUUACUGUUUUACUCGGGAGACAUCGCUGAACACAAAUAUUAGUGUUUAAAAACUGGAAAACGUAUCACAACAAUUAUAUCAUCAGUAAAAGUGCUGUUUGUGUGUGAAAAAUGCAAAAAAAAGUAACUUUCACUGACAAUAUCAUCGCUGUGAUAUGUUUUACUGUUUUGAAUCACUAAAAUUUGUGUUCAGCGAAGUCUCCCGAGUAAAACAGUACCCUCCAUGUACAGGUUUUAGGGUGUCGUAGAACGUUACAGGGUAAAAUACAGUGCUAGCAAAUUAAAUUCUCUGGAAUUUCGGCCUGGGUUGGCAGGCAGGUCCCUCAAAUUGCAAUCAAUAAAAUUACUGAAUUAUGUAAAAAUAUUACAUAAAUACGCACGUAGAAUUUAAAUAUAUAUGCAUAUUUAUAGAUUUGAAGUCUACGUGUAUAUUUAUAUAAUUAUUUAUGUAAUUUUGUAUAUGGACGUAUGUAUAUUUCUUAUUAUUUUUAUUUAUUUUUAUAUACAUAGAUAUAUAUAUAUAUACAAAUUCAUUCUAAGUGUAUUUUGAUAUAAAUAUAUAUAUAUAUAUAUAUAUAUUAAUUUUAAAAUACAGUUAGAAUAAAAUUUCAUAUAGAUAUAUAAUUUUUUUUAAAUUUUUAUUAUUAUUUUAAAAAAUUAUUUAAUUUAAAUUACUUAUUAUUUAUAUUUUAUAAUAAUAUAUAUAUACAAUAUAUAUAGUUAUUAUAUAUUAUAUAUAUACGUGUGUAAUUUAAUUAUAAGUGUAUUUUUAUAUUAAUAUAAGUACAUAUUAAUAUAAAAAUACACUUAGUAUGGCAUUAUAUAUAUGAUAUAUAGACAUAUAUUAUAUAGGUAUAAUAUAUGUCUAUAUAUCAUAUAUACACAUAUAUAAUUUUUUUUAUUUUUUUUAUUAACACUAACUUUAUUUUAUUUUCUGAUUUUACACUAGCAGGGAGACUGCCUGUCAGCACAGACAGUCCCCUGCAGGCAGACACAUGGACACCUAUUGUGACCAUGUGAUCGCUGUGUUAAGCGAUCACAUGGCCACAGGGGUCCUAAUCUGCCGUGGGGAGACUGUCUGGGCUGCAAGCAGUCUCCCCACAACCGGAGCCACGCUGAUCGCCGCCGGGGGAACGACGGCGAUCAGGUAAGUAGCUCUGACCGUUAGGACGGUUCAGGACCGUCAUCGGUCGGCAACGCAAAAAUGCAGAUGACGGUCCUGAACCGUCCUCGGUCCUUAAGGGGUUAAAGGGACACUCCAGGCACCCAGACCACUUCUGCCCAUUGGAGUGGUCUGGGUGCCAACUCCCACUACCCUUAACCCUGCAAGUGUAAUUAUUGCAGUUUUUCAUAAACUGCAAUAAUUACCUUGCAGGGUUAACUCCACCUCUAGUGGCUGUCUAGAGGGCACUUCCUGCUCUGUAGCACAGAAAACGCUGUGUGUGGACCUCCAGCGUCGCUCAAUUCCGCAUUGGAAAGCAUUGAAAAGCAUUUUCAAUGCUUUCCUAUGGGGAGCGCUAAUGCGCAUGCGCGGCAUUGCAGCGCAUGCGCAUUACGUCUCCCCGGCCGGUGGGCGGGGUCAGUCUCGCCCACCAGCCCACGUAAAGACUGUGAGGAGCAGCGGGAGAAGAAACCACCGCCGAGGGACAUCGGCGGGGUCUCAGGUAAGUGACCUGAAGGGGUUUUCACCCCUUCAGCAACCGGGGAUGGGGUGGGAGGGAGAAGGGGCCUGCAGUGCCAGGAAAACGGAUUGUUUUCCUGGCACUGGAGUUUCCCUUUAAAUGGACGUCAUUUCAAAAGUGUUGUUAUGGCUAUCCCUCUCUUUGAUUCAAUACUGGCUUUAAAAUACUUGGCAACGGUUUUGCAUUGCUUUGAAUUUUACAGACAAGUCUGCCAUGUUUAAAUUAACAAUAAUUAUAUGUCCUUUUCGUAGAUGGAGAAAAUCCAGAAGGAACAUUUGCUUGUGAAGGAAAUUGAAGACUUGGAACUUGGUGUAUAAAGUUUUUCCGGUUGUCAUUAAACAUUAAUGGCUAAAUUGUGUGAAUGAAUUGAAGUACUUUUUUGCUCCAGUGUGAAGAAUGGUUUCCUGUUCUUGAUUAUUAGCGAUGAAAGAACUAUCUUACAUAUAAUAUAAUUACAUUAUUAAAUAUAAUAUGAAAAUAAUGUUUUGGUGGCUUCCAAUUUGACCAUACAAUCAUGUAUACUUCAAUAUAAUAAUAGUUUGCCACCAUUUUUACAGCUAAGUAUACAGUUUAAUACGAUGCUUAUUCAAUGUGUUAUUUCUUGAACGCUUGAUUAAAAAAAUAAAUUAAAAAAAAGAUAUAUAUACACAUAUAUACAUAUUCAUAAAAAAAAUAUUAUACACACACACAACAUAGUUUGCUGCGAGAAGAUUUAGAUCUGACAAAAUACCUGUACAGAAUGGAUGAUUCAGCUUUUCAAGUACCAUUCUAUUUGGGUAGCAACAGCUCACCUUUUAUUGUGGAAAUCAGGACUUUCUAUUUGUUGUGCUAGAUAGAAGGCUGAAUGGAAUUCAAGGUUUUAUGCAGCAUGUAUUGUCUGCUGCAUUUUAUUUUUCUUUGUUCAUACAUUUUUUUUGAACAAAGUAUUCAAAAAUAAAAGAAAGGACAUGAGCAGCUGAGAUCCAUGUUUCUUAAAGGAUUGUGUAUUAUAAAGAGUCUUCUGAUGGUAUAAUGUUCUGCCCGUGAAUAUUAUAAAUAUUCUGUUAUGGCAAAGAGGGAAUUAGGGGCACACUUGAAUCAUACAUUUUACAACAGAGCACACACAAAAAUAACAUUUUAUAAGGCUACUUAAAAUCGCCUAUCUUGGCAAACAAAUAUGGGGAUUUAGCUCCACCAUAUGUCCUCCAUAAUGUCCUUUUGAGUUGAGCACCCUACAACCCCCCUCCCCCCUUCCCCGAUAUGCAUUGUAAGUAUAUGCAUAAAAGCACUGUCACUUUAAUUGUUUAGAUUUAGCAUUUUGUUUUUUUUAAUUGUGCUUAUCACAUUAAUUGUGCACUUUAUAUAUUCACAUGCUUUUACAAUAGAUACACUUUAGCUCUUUUAGCACUAACACUAUUUAUACUGGGGUACUGUGACAUAGUGGUGGGCUUAACACAAAAUGGCCAUAUGGUGGAACUGAAUCCCCAUAUUUGUUUGCUGAGAGAGGUGAUUUCAAGUAGCCUUAUAAAAUUUUAAGUUGUAUUUUUAUGUGCGCGCUGUUCCUUAAUCUGUAUCUGUCACGGUGUAAUACCUCAACACGCAAAAUUUAGGAUGGCAAGGGACAAGACUAGGAAAUAACGUAUUACCGGGCCUUAAAAUGGCAGAACUAAACGUUAGACAAAGAAAAAGCGUAAUCAGAGACGAGCCAAGGUCAAGGUAACGAAGAGACAGCGAAACCAAGAUCUAGCCAGUCAGACGGGCAAACAAGACAGGAAAGGGUUAAAGAUAAAAUUCAGAAUCAUAUUCAAAGCCAAGGUCAAUAUCAGAAUAAACAAUAGAUCAAAGAACGCACUAAAGGGUACUGGAACAGAAACCACGAUAGGGCUAGGAAAGUUUAAAUAUCCUUAACUAACAUUUGAUUGGCCCACGUCAUACCCACGCCCCAAAGUGUGCGUGUGUGGGGGCGUCGGAAUAACGUGGGCCAAUGGGAGCCUGAAUCUACUUUUGGCUCCCACUGCCCCUUUAAGAGCACGCGCGUGAUGCGAGGCGUGCUCCUAGUGCCAGGUGGGUCACGUGACCGGUCAGUGCACGCAGCCUGCUCAGAAGGGAAGAUUGAGCCGCAAGCGGCUCGUGUGGAAGCAGGAGUGCAUGCGGCUCGAGCUGAGAACGCCGGCCGGCCCCCGGAUAAGGUAAGUACUGCCACAGUAUCAUGAUUAUUCUGUUAAAUUUUUCUUCUCGUGUUUAUACAAGUUUUCCCAUGAAAGCCCCCGUCACCCCCACGCAAACUCCUCUUACAUCCAUAGUAUCUAAAAAUCUCUUCUCAUCACUUUCAGCUCAUUCUGUGCUAG